CCUUCUUCUCCCUCACAACAAACAACGUACAACUUCACCACUCUCCACUCUCCAUACUCUGCAACCAACUGAGCCGUCUUGUCCCUCUUCACCUCCACCGUGAACCGCCGCCAUGUCGUCGUUGGAGCUCCACCCCCUCUUCAUCAUCCCGGCCACGUCCUCUCCCGUCCUCAGCUUCCAGCUUUUUGCCUUCGCCCUCAUCUCUGCUGCAGUCUUCACUCUAUUCUAUGUACCCGGGGGCCUCGCUUGGGCCCUCUCGAGGCCCCAACGCCGCCACAUUCCCGGCCCCUCCGGCCUCCCUGUCGUGGGUAUCGUGGCCGCCUUCCUCGGGCCCCUGACGCAUCGAGUCCUCUCCCGCCUCGCUGCGGCGUCCAACGCGAAGAAGCUGAUGGCCUUCUCGGUCGGUUUCACCCGCUACGUCAUAGCCAGCGACCCCGAGACAGCCAAGGAAAUGCUCAGCAGCUCCGCCUUCGCCGACCGCCCCUUGAAGGAGUCCGCCUACGAGCUGCUAUUCCACCGCGCCAUGGGGUUCGCUCCGUACGGGGAGUACUGGCGCAACCUCCGGCGCAUCUCGGCCACCCAUCUCUUCAGCCCCCGGAGGAUAGCCGCCUCGGGACCCUUCCGUCAGGAGAUAGGCCUGAAAAUGGUUAGCGAGAUCGAAUCCUCGAUGUCCCUUCACGGCGCCGUUGAGAUUCGCCGCGUCUUGCAUUUCGGGUCGCUGAACAAUGUCAUGAAGAGCGUUUUCGGGAGGUGCUACGACUUCCACGGAAACGAUAUUGUAUCGGUGGAGCUCAAGUCCUUAGUGAGGGAAGGGUACGACCUGCUCGGGGUAUUCAACUGGAGUGACCACUUCCCAAUCCUCGGGUGGUUCGAUCUGCAGGGAGUGAGGAGGAGGUGCAGGAAGCUGGUCGAGAGGGUCAAUGCAUUCGUGGGUAAUGUCAUCGAGGAGCAUAGAGCGAAGAGGGCCGCGAACGGAGGAGCAGACGGCGGCCAUGGAGGUGACGAUGGGUCCGGGGACUUCGUCGACGUGCUGCUCGAUCUGGAGAAGGAGAACCGGCUCUCAGACUCUGACUUGGUCGCUGUAUUGUGGGAAAUGAUCUUUAGGGGGACUGAUACAGUGGCCAUCCUACUGGAGUGGAUUCUUGCAAGAAUGACUCUUCACCCGGACAUCCAAGCCAAAGCCCAACACGAAAUCGAUGCUGUCGUUGGACCGGGUCAGUCCGUGUCUGACUCGGACCUCCCGAACCUACCCUACCUCCGCGCAAUCGUCAAGGAGACUCUAAGAAUCCACCCACCCGGCCCCCUCUUAUCAUGGGCCAGGCUUGCUAUCCACGACACUUCUGUAGGGCAGCACUUCAUCCCUGCAGGGACCACCGCAAUGGUGAACAUGUGGGCCAUAACUCAUGACGGAAGCGUCUGGUCUGACCCGGAUGAGUUCAAACCGGAGCGGUUCGUCGAGGAGGACGUCCCCAUCAUGGGCUCUGACCUGAGGCUGGCCCCGUUCGGUUCCGGCAGGAGGGUUUGCCCUGGGAAGGCCAUGGGGCUGGCUACCGUUGAGCUGUGGCUUGCACAGUUGCUCCAGAACUUCAAGUGGGUCCCGAGUGAGGAGUGUGGUGUGGAUUUGACUGAGAUACUGAAGCUCUCCAUGGAGAUGAAGAGGUCUCUGGUCUGUAAAGCCAUUCCUAGGGAGGGCUAACCCGAUGAUGAAGCUGUUGAUGAUGGUGGGCUUACGUACGGGGACGAUCUGCUCCAUGAUUUUGUUAAUUCCAUAUGGGGAGGUCAAAUAAGCCAACUCUCCUUCUGCCGAAGGAUGGGCCAAAAAAAAAAGUAAUAUUGGUAAUUUUCAUAUGUUUUUUGUUUGUUUUUCUUAGGAAAAAAAAAAGAAUAGGAUGGGGAAGGUGUCUGUGUCGUCCUGGUUUAGGAAAGGAAUGUUUUUUUUUUUCUGGGGUUUAUGUUUUUAUUUUUGUCUGUCUGUCUGUCUUAGUAUGUUCCACUUCUAUAGUUAGAUAUGUAUAUCUGCAUGCAUGGAAUGGAAACUAUAUCUAGCAAUAUGUACA